CAGAGUUUGAUUAGGGAGAAACGGGAGCAAGUGCUUUUUUCACGAGGGAACAUGUAGAGGGGAAGCACAUAGACAGAGGAAACAGCAGCAGCAGACACAAGUGAAACUUUUACAUCAGCACACUUGAACCGCGCCAGGCUCAAGGGUACUGGAUUGUUUUAUGCGUGGAGAUUGCGUAUUAUUUCAUGGGGAUCUAGAUAACUUGAACUGCGAGUUGCAAUUUGAUUUGAGCAUCUACAGAGAUUAUUGAGGUGGAAGGAACAUGGCGAGUGGGGUGAAGAGAGCUCACCCUGUUGCUUUAUUAUUUACUUUGAUGCUCUUAUUUUGGCGGGACGUUUACGCGCAGGUGUCUUUUAACGAAAUAACCGGGUUUAGUUUGAGCCCCCCGUACUUCAACCUUGCGGAGGGGUCACGGAUAUCCGCCACCGCAACUUGCGGUGAAGAUGCGGGGAGACCGAGAUCUGAUUUGUACUGUAAACUUGUCGGAGGACCUACCUUUGGACUUCCUAGUCAAACGAUACAGGGACAGUAUUGUGACAGAUGCAACUCCAACGAGCCAAACAAGGCCCACCCGGUGAGUAACGCCAUCGAUGGCACUGAGCGCUGGUGGCAGAGCCCGCCUCUCUCCCGGGGACCUAUGUACAAUGAGGUGAACGUCACUUUGGACCUGGGACAGCUCUUCCAUGUGGCCUACAUCCUCAUCAAGUUUGCCAACGCCCCUCGGCCUGACCUAUGGGUCCUGGAGCGCUCCUUGGACCAUGGGAAAACGUAUGCUCCGUGGCAGUACUUUGCUCAUUCUAAAAGGGAGUGCAUUGAGAGGUUUGGCAAAGAACCAAAUGGACGCGUAGUCCGAGAUGAUGACCAGAUCUGCACCACAGAGUACUCAAAGAUCGUUCCAUUGGAGAACGGAGAGAUUGUGGUGUCCCUGGUCAACGGUCGCCCGGGCUCUAAGAACUUCAGCUAUUCUCCAGUGCUGAGAGAUUUCACCAAGGCCACCAACAUCCGCCUGCACUUCCUCAGGACCAGCACUCUGUUGGGGCACCUAAUUUCCAAGGCCCAGAGGGACCCCACUGUCACACGCAGGUAUUACUACAGCAUCAAAGACAUCAGUGUCGGGGGACGCUGCGUUUGUCACGGCCACGCGGAGGUGUGUGGGGGGCGUAACCAAGGCAAACCCAAUCGGCUACAGUGCGAGUGCGAACACAACACCUGUGGUGAGUCAUGUGACCGCUGCUGUCCAGGGUUCAACCAGAAGCCAUGGCGUGCUGCUACGACAGACAGUCCCAACGAGUGCCAACUCUGCCAGUGCCAUUCACAUGCCACUGAGUGUUAUUACGACCCAGAGGUGGAGCAGAGGAGAGCAAGUUUAGACACAUUCGGCAGGUACGACGGCGGAGGAGUGUGCAUCAACUGCCAGCACAACACAGCGGGAGUGAACUGUGAGCUUUGUGCUGAUGGAUUCUACAGACCCCAUGGAUCCCCUCCAGAGUCUCACAGUGGAUGCAUACCCUGCAGGUGUGAUGCCAGGACUACUGCUGGUUGUGAGAUGGGGACAGGACGUUGCCACUGCCGGCCAGAAUUCACCGGAAACAACUGUGAACGCUGUGCAGACAGUUACUAUGGCUACCCGCAGUGCAUUAGAUAUCCAAUCUACCAGCCCACCACCAAAUCUCCUGCAGGCCAUAUAGUAGAGCCCACUGCCUGCCCUGCUGGUUAUUUCGGACCACCCAGCUGUCAACGGUGUGUGUGUGACCGCGGUGGAUCAGUGCUGGAGUUGUGUGAUGCGUCAGGGCGCUGCAUUUGUCGUGAUGGUGUGGAGGGUGAGAGAUGUGACCGCUGUCGACCAGGACACCACUCAUUCCCUAACUGCCAAGAGUGUGUGUGCGAUGGCAGUGGUUCGGUGCUGGAGAUGUGUGAUGCAUCAGGGCGCUGCGUGUGUCGUGGAGGGGUGGAGGGCGAGAGAUGUGACCGCUGUCGACCGGGUUACCACUCCUUUCCUAACUGCCAAGUGUGCCGCUGUGACGGUGCAGGUGUGACUGACAGGGUCUGUGAGCCCAACGGACAGUGCCGUUGCCGUGUCAACUACUUCGGAAGUCAAUGUGACCAGUGUGCCCCUGGUUACUAUGGAUACCCAGACUGUGCCUCCUGUCAGUGUUUAGGGGAGGGUUCCUAUGACUCCAUUUGUAACCAAGUAUCAGGCCAGUGUCUGUGUCGCCCUGGGGUGGUGGGACAGCAGUGUGAUCGCUGUGCCGGGUCAGGCCUCCGCUUCCCCCAGUGUUCAGGGUGUGUGUGUGACCGCGGUGGAUCAGUGCUGGAGUUGUGUGAUGCGUCAGGGCGCUGCAUUUGUCGUGAUGGUGUGGAGGGUGAGAGAUGUGACCGCUGUCGACCAGGACACCACUCAUUCCCUAACUGCCAAGAGUGUGUGUGUGAUGGCAGUGGUUCGGUGCUGGACAUGUGUGAUGCAUCAGGGCGCUGCGUGUGUCGUGGAGGGGUGGAGGGCGAGAGAUGUGACCGCUGUCGACCGGGUUACCACUCCUUUCCUAACUGCCAAGUGUGCCGCUGUGACGGUGCAGGUGUGACUGACAGGGUCUGUGGGCCCAACGGACAGUGCAGUUGCCGUGUCAACUACUUCGGAAGUCAAUGUGACCAGUGUGCCCCUGGUUACUAUGGAUACCCAGACUGUGCCUCCUGUCAGUGUUUAGGGGAGGGUUCCUAUGACUCCAUGUGUAACCAAGUAUCAGGCCAGUGUCUGUGUCGCCCUGGGGUGGUGGGACAGCAGUGUGAUCGCUGUGCCGGGUCAGGCCUCCGCUUCCCCCAGUGUUCAGCCUCCAUCACCCAGUGUAACCCAGCAGGGUCAGAGGUCAGCACAGCAGAUCCACAAACGGGUUCCUGUGGCUGCCUGCCCAACGUGGAGGGAACACUGUGUGACAUGUGUAAACCUCUCUACUGGAACCUGGCAACAGAGAACCCCAGCGGCUGUAUAGAGUGUCGCUGUGGCAUCAAAGGCACCCUGAGUGGGGUAGGAGAGUGUCAACAGAAAAGUGGCCAGUGUUACUGCAAGCCCAACGUGUGCAGCCAUACCUGUGACACAUGCACGGAGGGCUACUACCUGCUGCAGAAGAGGAACUAUUUUGGCUGUCAAGGCUGCCAGUGUGAUGUGGGAGGAGCCAUAGGCAGAGGGUGUGAUGAGAUGUCUGGACAGUGCCAGUGUCGGAAGAACGUAGUGGGCCGCACCUGCACUGAGCCAGCACCUAACUACUACUUCUCCAGCCUGCACCACCUGAGGUAUGAGGUGGAGGAUGGCAUCACCCCCAACGCCAGGCCCGUACGCUUCGGCUACGACCCCCAGACGUUCCCAGGAUUCAGCUGGAGAGGUUACGCCAUCAUGUCCCCAGCGCAGCCAGAGGUGAUCCUAUCGUUAGCUGUGGGUUUCCCCGGCCCCUUCCACAUAAUGGUUCGCUACGUCACCACUACCCCCCGCAGACCCACACAGGGGCGGCGGCAUAGGGGGCGAGCCCGAGCCAGGAUCUUGGUGGUGGACGAGCCUGAUUUUCACUCUUGCUGCGACUGGUCAGGUCAGAGUAAGGAAGUGGUGUUUCCUUCUAGCUCCUCCCCUGCCUACCUCACAGUCCCUGGGGACGGCUUCGCUGAGCCCUUCACACUGACCCCUGGGAAAUGGAUCAUACGCAUCCAGGCAGAGGGCCUUCUACUGGACUACUUGGUGCUGCUGCCCAGUGAUUACUACGAGGCUCCCUUCCUCCAGGAGAAGAUCGCCCAGCCCUGCACGUACACAUUCACCGCAGACAGAGACACAAACUGUCUGCUGUAUAAGCACAUGGCGAUGAACAGAUUCAGCUCUGUGCUGGGCUCUCAGGGCCAGUUCUCCAGCCAGUGGAGACGCAGGAGGAGACAGGCCCUCGUCCGCCGGCCAACUCCAGCCCACCCCGAGAUGGCCUCGCUCACCGGGAGACAGGCCCAGUUACAGCUGAGCCUGCGUGUGUCUCCACCCGGUCCCUACAUCCUGGUCCUGGAGUAUGCCAGCGAGGUAGACAUGGUCCAGAACGUCAACCUCAUCAUCGCUGACCAAUCAGAGAGUCAUAUUCAGGCCAGAGCCAACAUCUACAGCUGCCAUUACAGCUUCCUUUGUCGCAGUGUGGCGGUUGACGGAACCAAUCGCGCUGCAGUGUUCCAGUUUACCCACAAGGCUGAGCUUCUUCUACAGACCUCCACAGCCUCAAUGCUGCUGUAUAAAGUGUAUGCAGUGCCCGCGGAGGAGUUCUCCAUGGAGUACCUGGACCCCAAGGUGCUCUGUGUCUCUGUCCACGGACGCUUCACUGAGGACAGUCAGUACUGUGUUCCCAGCCAGUACGACAGGCCCUCCACAGCUCUGGUUCUGGACGCAGCUCGGGACGCGCGCCACUCCUCCCCACAUGUCGUCCCCCAGCAGAGGGAGAGUGAAGAGUGGAGACGAAGACGACAGCCAGGGGCUGGGGGCUUCCCUUUCCCUGGAGCCCAGAGUGAAGGGGUACUACUCAAAUCUCCCCAGUCAGAGGUCCGUUUCAGUGCCAGGGUGCCAGUUCCUGGCAGGUAUGUGUUUGUGGUCCACUACUGUCAACCUGAACACACCACCUUCCCUGUGGAGGUACGGGUGGAUGCCGGACACACGUGGGCCGGCUCUGUGAAUGCCUCUUUCUGCCCGGGGGUCUCCUGCUGCAGGGAGGUGGUCAUCGCUGAGGGGCGCAUCGCUCUGGACCUUCCCCAGCAAGACAUGGCCAUCUCUCUCAAGGUUCCACCCGGGAAGACCCUCACUCUGGAUUACAUCUUGGUGGUUCCUGACGAUAGCUACACCCCUGAUCUCCUGAAAGAGAAACCGUUUGAUAAGUCAUCUGAUUUCACCAGGCAGUGUGGAGGACCAAGCUUUUCUAUAGACCCCAGAACGUCCUCCCAGUUCUGCAGAGAUUCGGCCCGCUCCCUGGUAGCAGCCUAUAGUGACGGGGCCCUGCCCUGCUACUGUGACAAAUCAGGGGCUACAGGGCCCACCUGUAACCCUGUAGGGGGCCAGUGUCCCUGUAGGCCCCAUGUGAUCGGUCGGCAAUGUACACGAUGUGCCACAGGAUACUACGGCUUCCCCUACUGCAGACCGUGUGAGUGUAGCCAGCGGCUGUGCCACGAGGUGACAGGUCAGUGUAUCUGCCCGCCCCAGACAGUGAAGCCAGUCUGUGACGUGUGUGAGAGCCAGACGUUCAGCUACCACCCUCUAGUGGGCUGUGAGGGCUGUGACUGCUCCCCCAACGGAGUCAGGCCCAACGCAGGGAGAGAAUGUGACCGUGACACGGGACAGUGCAUGUGUAAGCCCAGGAUCGGUGGGCGGCAGUGUGACCGGUGUGCUGCAGGGUUCUACAGGUUCCCAGACUGUGUCCCAUGUAACUGUAACCAGGGAGGGGUCACACCUGAUAUAUGUCACCCUGACACAGGACAGUGCCUCUGCAAGAGGAACGUGCAGGGUGCCCGCUGUGAUGCCUGUAGAGACGGGUCCUUCCACUUUGACCCCUCCCACCCCAGAGGCUGCGUCAGCUGCUUCUGCUUUGGAGCCACCGACCAGUGCCAGAGCUCUGGCAAACGCAGGGGGAAGUUUAUGGACAUGCGUGGCUGGCGUCUGGAGAGGGCUGACCAGGAGGAGGUGGCAUCAGUCCUCAACCCGUCCAGUAACACUGUGGUAGCAGACGUACAGGAGUUGCCUGGCACUACCCAGCUCCUCCACUGGGUGGCGCCACCAUCCUACCUGGUAGACCGGGUGUCAUCCUAUGGGGGCUACCUCACCUAUCAGGCUAAAUCCUUUGGGAUUCCCAGUGAGGGGAUGUUGCUGAUGGACCGCAGACCUGAUGUUCUGCUCAGUGGCCAGGAGAUGACCCUGGUCCACAUGUCCCCACAUACCCCUAAUCCUGACAGACUCCACCAGGGCAGAGUCCAGCUAGUAGAGGGGAAUUGGCGUCACUUCGGCACCAACCGUCCUGUGUCCAGAGAGGAUCUGAUGGAAGUCCUGGCAGGUCUGGUUGGUCUGAGGGUGCGGGCCCUCUACUUCACCCAGAGCCAGAGACUCAGCCUGGGGGAGGUGGGCCUGGAGGAGGCCACAGACACAGGGGCCGGGGGCCCUGCCAGCACCGUGGAGGAGUGUGCCUGUUCCCCUCUCUACAGAGGAGACUCCUGCCAGAAAUGUGCUCGUGGUUACUAUAGGGACGGCAGUGGGCCCUACCUGGGUCGCUGUGUGCCCUGCUUCUGUAACGGCCUCGCCAACGAGUGUGACGACAGGACAGGGAGGUGCCUGAACUGCCAAUACAACACAGCCGGGGACAGGUGUGAGCACUGCAAAGACGGUUACUAUGGAGACGCUGCCCAGAGAUCAUGCCGGGUGUGCCCGUGCCCCUUUAGUGUGCCAGCUAACAGUUUUGCGGUGGGUUGCAGAGAGGUUGCUGGAGGGUUCCAGUGUGUUUGCCGACCAGGCUACGCAGGAGACAGUUGUGAACGAUGCGCUCCUGGUUACCACGGUGAUCCAUUGACAGCCGGAGGAAGCUGUAGGCCUUGUGACUGUAGCGGCAACGGAAACAGCUGUGACUCCAGGACUGGUGUGUGCAAGAAUACGUUGGAGCCAGGGGACACCAACACAGACGAGCAGUGCCAAGAGUGUGACGACUGCGCCGAGACCCUACUAAACGAUCUGGGGCGUCUGGAUGAGGAGCUGGGCAGGAUUAAGACUCAGCUGGAUAACGCCAGUAUCUCCGCCUCCUCUCAGGACCGACUCAGGAUGCUGGAGAAUACCAUCACAGAGACCAAGAGUCUGGUGAGCAAGUUCAGUUCCAGUGUGAACAGCCAAAAGCCCAAGGUUAGCCAACUGGAGCAGGACACUCUCAGUGUCAACGAGGAUAUCAGCGCUCUCAAAGAAAAGGCGGAUGACAGGGCUGUGAAUGCCCAGAAAGUGCUGGGUGAUGUGGGUAAGACCCACCUGAGAGCUAAAGACUUGGACACUGAGGCUAAGAACCUGCUCCAGAAGAUCCUGGCCCUGCUGCAGCAGCUGAAAGAGUCUGGUUCCGGUGAUGUGGUGCCCAGUGAGAACCUGGCUAAGAUGUUAUCCGACGCUGAACGCAUGGUGAAGGAGAUGGAGAAGAGAAACUUCAACCCCCAGAAAGACGCAGCCGAGAAAGAGAGAGACGAGGCCCAGAAACUGCUGGACUACAUCAAGGCUAAUGUGACCAGGCAGUAUGAUCAGAAUGAGGCAGCAGCCAAGAGGGUGAAGGGUCUUCUGAAGGACUAUGAAGCUAAACUGAAGGACCUGGAUGAGGCUCUGAAACAGGCUGGGGACAUGGUGAAGAAAGCCAACUCUCAGAACGGACUCAACUCAGAGGCACUGAAAGACAUCCUGAAGCGUAUGGAGGACCUGAAGAAGGAGCGGAAGAAGGUCCAGGACCAGAUAGCCAUGGCAGAAGAUCAGCUGAAGGCCACAGAGGACCUCCUGAGAAUGCUGAAUGACAGCAAGACUGAGUAUGAACAGCUAGCUGCCCAACUGGACGGUGCCAGGACUGACCUUACCAAGAAGGUCAACGCCAUCUCCCAGGCCGCGGCCAAGGAGGACAUUGUGGAGCGAGCAGAGAGACACGCUGAGAACCUGGCCAAGCUGGCCAAGGAACUACAGGAUGCUGUAAGGGACUCGAGUGGCCGCUCUGAUGUGCGUGAUGCCAUGGACGCCAUUGAGGCCUACAAGAAUAUCACAGAUGCGGUCAACGCUGCAGAGAAGGCAGCCAAGGAGGCCAAGGAUGCAGCUGACAAAGCCCUGAAGGAUGUGAAGAAAGAGGACCUGACAAAGAGAGCUAAGAAUCUGAAAGAAAGCGGGAACGACCUACUGAGGGAUGCCAAGGAUGCAGAAAAAGAUCUCAAAGAGGCCUCUGAUGACCUCACAGCCCAGAAGAAGCGCCUGAAUGACGCAGAGAAUAAGAAGAAAGCGUUGGAGACGGACCUGCUGGAUGCCCAGGCAGAGCUGAACAGCAUCCAGAGAGAUGAUAUAGGAGACAUGCUAGAUGAGGCGAAGAGGAAGGCAGCGUCUGCCAAUGACACGGCCAGCAUCACCAUGGACAGACUGAACGCCAUCAAAGAGGAAGUGGACAAAUUCAACGUCAUGCCCUCCGACUCCAACCUCGGCAGCAUCAUGGACGAUGUGGACAAAUCAGUAAAGAAUCUGUUGAACAGCAUCCCGUCUCUGCAGGAUAAGAUCUCGGAGGUGGAGGAGCUCAGCUCUCAGCUCUCCCCCGUCACCAACGUCUCUGAUAACAUCAAUAGGAUCAAGGAGCUCAUCGAGCAGGCUAGAGACGCAGCCAAUAGGAUUGUGGUCCCUAUGAAGUUCAGUGGGGAGGGCCACGUGGAGCUGCGUCCCCCCAGGGAUAUAGAAGACCUGAAGGCAUACACGUCCCUGUCCCUGUCCCUGCAGAGACCAGAGCUCACCAACAACCGAGGGGACGGAGCACGCAGACGAAGACAGGCCACCGCGAUCACAGACACGAGUGACAUGUUCGUACUCUACCUCGGCAACCAAGACUCGUCUAAAGACUUCAUCGGCAUGGCCCUGAGGAAUAACGUGCUGUUCUGUGUGUACAAUCUGGAUGGAGAAGAGUAUGAGAUCAAGACAGACUUCAUCACUAGGUCUCCCUCUGAGCCUUCUUUCUUUGACAAGGUGGACCUGCGCAGAAUUUACCAAGACGCAGAAGUGAACCUCACCAAGCUGUUCACAUCCAAUCAGCCGGACCCACCUCAGACCAGCAGCAAGCAGGGAGAGCUGACCAGGAACCUUCUAAACCUGGACCCUAGUGACAUUGUCUUCUAUGUCGGGGGCUACCCCUCCAACUUCAUUCCUCCAGCCUCCCUCAACUACCCCAACUAUAAGGGAUGCAUCGAGCUGUCCACCUUCAAUGACAGAUUCAUCAGUCUAUACAACUUUAAGAAUGCUGUCAAGGUCAACCUGGAGAGUCCAUGCAAGAGGUAUGUCCAACCAGUGGUGUUUGACUACUUUGAGGGGACUGGUUAUGCCAAGGUGUCCACCCAAGGUGUCAAGGUGUCCACCCUCCUCCUGGGCCAGACCAUCUCCACUCGCUCAGAAAAUGGGCUUUUCCUCUACAUUGGAAAUGAGGUCAACUACUACUGUGUGACGUUUGAGAGAGGCUACAUUGUCAUCCAUAGUAACUUGCUCAGAGAACCAGUACGAAGUGCUGCCAAAGUCUUCCCAGUGAAUUCAGACCAAGCAGAAGUGUUGAUCAUUAUCGAGUCUCAAGGAAGCCAAGAGAUGAAGAUCCGUGUAGCAGGCAAGGAGGUGGUCAAGUCUAAUGUCCAGUACACCCCUGGAGACUUCGCAGACUACUACAUCGGUGGCGUGCCACCAGCCCUGAGAGAAAGACACAACAUCACCGCCCAGCCACUGAAGGCCUGCAUGAACAACAUCAAGCUCAACAGCAAGUACCCCACUUUCGAGGAGAAAGUGGGCAUCAGCCGGGGCUGUCCCACGGAUUUCCUGGCGUCUCGUAAAUCAGAGUUUAACGUGGGGAGUUCUCUGUCAGCUGCUCUCGAAGGCUUCAGCCUGGCAAGUGAUGUCACAGUCUCACUGGGUUUCAAGAGCUCUGAGAAAAAUGGGCUCCUACUGCAGAACACCGAGUCGAGUGUUGGCGCCAUCGAACUUGCCUUGGUCAACGGCUAUGUGGUCCUGAAGUUCAAAGACACAGCUUGGAAAUCUUUGAAAUCAAGCAAGCAGUACCAGGACGGCAAAUGGCAUUACCUGACUGCCACCAGAAGGGUGGCUUCUCAAAGUAUCGAGCUGCGGAUAGAUGACGAGGAUGUGGGAGGACAGAUAACCUCAAGCUCCUUCAGUUCAAACGCAGACUCUGUGUUCCUGGGAAAAGACACCUUCAAAGGCUGCAUCUCCAACCUCUACUUGAGAAGGCCUGACUCUCUGUACAGAGCAGAGGACCUGAGUCAGUUCAGCUCUACAGGAGAUGUGCUGCUGGAUAUGUGUAGCUCUGACAGACCUCCACAACUGAUGCUCGACCGCAACACCUCCAGCAAGGGUGGUGGUAUGGAGGUGUCAGAGGACAGUCUCUCUGUGUGUGCACACUCUGUUCUAGUCAAACAUGCCUACCACAUUGGGGGCACUGUGAGUAGCCUGAGCUACAGCCUCACUCCCCAGGUGCUCCAGCCCAGACCUCAUUUCUCCCUGGACGUUAGGACCAAGUCUGCCAAUGGCCUGCUGUUCUAUGCAGCCACCAGAGGGGGGAGCUCUCACGUGGCUCUCUACCUGUCAAAGGGCAGGAUCAUGCUGUCAGUAGGCAAGGGGAGGGAGAUCUUCAACAGGGAGACAUACAACGAUGGAAGAUGGCACUCGGUAAUAUUCAUCCUAGAAAAGAAGAAGUUCCGGUUGGUAGUGAACGGUAUUAGGGCUCAGGAUGGACAGCUGACCAGUGAUGAGGCCACGUCCAUGGAACUGAUCUCUCCUCUUUACCUGGGAAGUGCUCCUGAUUCCUUGAACACAGAACUUAAGUGGAAGCUCCUCCCAAAGCAAAGUGUGAUUGGCUGUGUGCGUAACUUCAAGAUGAAUGGCACUCCCAUGCCAGAGCCAACUACCAAUCAUGGUGCUGGCCCCUGCUUUGACGGACAGACACAGAGUGGGGCCUACUUCUCAGGGAGAGGGGCAUAUGUCAUUAUUAAUGAUUCCUUUGUGGUGGGCUCCAGCUUUGAGGUGGUGUUUGACAUGCGUCCCAGGAGUCUGACUGGUGUUCUGCUCCAUGUGGGGAACUCCAGCAGGCCUCGCCUUGGGCCCAACACUGGACACCACCUCAGCCUCUACAUGCACAGAGGAGAGGUGGUGGCACGUGUGAACAACGGAGCUGGUGAAUUCAGCGUUUCCGUUCGGCCCAAGCAGCCCUUGUGUGAUGGAAUGUUCCACAGAGUUGCAGUGAUCAAGAGGAACAACGUUGUGGAGAUGCAUGUGGACACUGAGGGCCACCACAAAAUAGGACCUCCUUCCUCCUCCCCCACUCUGACCAAAGACCAACUUUAUGUGGGCGGCAUUCCAGAAACGUCCAUGCACCCAUCCCUCCCAGUCACAGGGUCCUUUGAGGGCUGCAUCCAGAACAUGAAGAUCAAUGAGGAUCCGAUCUCCUUGGAGAGGCUCUCUGGGGUAUUCGGGCCACUCAACCUCAGAGAGUGUCCAGCUGGCUGAGUAGAAUCUACUCCAUGACCACAUCCUGGGACCACAUCCACUGUCCACUAGCCGCUGCGUGCAAUCUGUUCCAAAAACAGAGAAUGUGUAUGUAUGUGUGUGAGCGAUAGUGUUGUGUGUGAAAGAGAGAAGUGUGUGUGCGUGUGUGCAUGUGUGUCACAAGGAUAGUAAAACACGGACCAUUUGGACAAGUGGGGACAUUUUGACAGUCCCCACGAGGAAAAAUGCUAUUUUAGGCUCAGGGGUUAGGUUUACUAUUAGGGUUAGAAUAAAAUGUAGGGUUAGUGGUUACGGUUACGUUUAGGAUUAGGGCUAAGGUUAGGAGUUAGGGUUAGGUAUAGUUUUAGGGUUUGGGGUUAGGGUUAUGGUUAUGGUUAGAUUGAGGUUAGGGUUAGAUUUAGGGGCUAAGGAAAAUAGUAUUUUGGAUGGGAAUCCAUUUUUUGGUCCCCACAAGGAUAGCAAUACAAAACUGAGAGUGAGAGAGAUGGGGAAGUUUGGCUCUUUUUACUGGCUCUGAUCUUUUCGAAUCCUUCAGUCAAAAUAAUGAAUAUUUCUACUAAUUAUGUUCGAGUCAGUAAUGUACAGAAUACGCAGGACCCCCUACCGUCGAACCAUGAACUGAAAACUCAAAAGUCAUGAUUCUACAAGCUUCUUGUACACCAUACGGGGCUUAUUUGUGACUGAGAUUUGUAAACGUGUGCUUUAAAAAAAAAAAGUACAUUUGUUGAUUGUGAGGCAUACAAAUAAGAUUAUUUCUUGAUACAUUUGAAAUGAGGUCUAAUUGUGGCCACACCCGGACUAUAUUGUGAACGACUGUUGGCGUAAUGCAUUGCUUGACUGCCGUGGGGGUGAUUAGCACAAAGUCGUUCGAGAACUGCAGCCACCGAAAUGAUUUGUUCUCGAGUUCGAGUUUGUUAAGCAGAGACUGUGUAGGUUUUGGUUCUACAAAGCUCUGUCUGUGAUAAAUAAGUGACAAUGCCCGAGAAACCUGAGUUUGAAGGAUAUAUAGGCACGGUAUCCUCCAAAUACCGGCUUCGAGAGCAUUAUCAAUUUUAUACAACGGGUUACCAACAUAUUCAAAUAAUGAUUGACAUAUUUUCAUAACAAGAGUAAUUUGUAUUUAUUUAUUCAUACUGUUUCAUCCUUCCACAAGAUAUAGUCCCGGCACAAAUCUAGGGUUGCCACGCAAGCCGGCUGGCUGUUCAUUCUAAUGUUUCGGUUGCCAGAAACGACCCAGUCGUUCAGUCUUUUUGUUCUGUAUCUAUGGACGCGACCCAGUCAUUCGUUCUAAAUGUUCCAUUGCCAUACUGACGGGCUACAUUCUUAUCCAUUGCUUGCUAGCUAGCCGACUACGGCUAACUUAGUCACGUCAAAUAUUGCAGCCAGAAUAACAGCAAAGUAGCUGGAUUUGCUUUUAUUUAAUCUGUUUUCUAGUGACAUUUAUUUCGCAUGGCAUAGAAAAUGUGCUCACUCGUCAGGACACUUGUUCAGAGGAGCUAGCCAACACCACAGCUAACACAAUCACUUCAAAUUUAAGCUGGAAAGACCGCAAACUACAGUAGAUGCUCUUUGUUUCGUUCUACCUUUUUCCAAUUGACAUUUCUUUGUACAUAUAUUCAUAAAAUUAUGCCAGUUGAUUCAUGAUUCAUUUCGACUGGCUGAGAAACGCUGCCUGUCUGUCUGGUCCCGACUCGUUCAUUACUAUGGGACAGUUGUAGAUCAAUUUUGAAUAUUGAAACAAUGUUGCUAAUGUCGGAGAGACAGACAGCAAGGUUUAUACAAAUCUCCGCUAUUGAAAACUAAAUGUUAGUCUAAAGGAAAUGUGAGAUAAUGUCUAGAUGCUUUUUAUAGUGGAGAUGAAGUGUAUAAAUUGUCUGGCUGGGCUGGUGAGACAGUGGAAUACGCAGUCAGAUGGAACAGAGUAAAUAGGCAUUUUAAUGUCAUAGAUUUAGCUGGUGGUAACUUGUGGAAUAGACACCGGCUAGAAUGCACCUUUAACCACCAUUCAGGAUUAGACCCACCCUUGUAUAAUUAACAAUAAGGCCCGAGGGGUUGUGGUAUAUGGUCAAUAUACCAAGGCUAAGGGCUGUUCUUAGGCAAGAUGCAAAGCCUGGACACAGCCCUUAGCCGUGGUAUAUUGACCAUAUACCACAAACCCCCAAGGUGCCUUAUUGCUAUUAUAAACUGGUUACCAACAUAAUAAUAGCAAGAAAAACAAAUGUUUUGACAUACCCGUGGUAUACAGUCUGGCAUACGGUCUGAUAUACCAGUAUACCAUACCCAGUUUAUAAUAUUCAAAAACCUAUUAAUUGCAUUAAUUAUUGCACCACGUAAUCAAUUAUCAGUUCUAAACAUACCUUUUUCUUCUCUAUGCUAAUUAUCAAUUUUCCUGGGCGCAUAGUACAGACAGUUGGUGCUUGGUGGUUGGAGCAUGUCGCUGAGCCGGAGGAUUGUGUGCUUCUUAGGGAUAGGCGUUCCAUCAACGGGACAGUUGUAAAUCAUGUAUCAAAUCGCUGUGUGUCAUGAUCGCACAUUUUAGAGAAACAACAAAUGUCGGUACAUAUAAGUGUCUUAUAUCGUUUGAAAGCUUAAAUUAUUGUUAAUUUAACUGCACUGUCCAAUUUACAGUAGAUAUUACUGCGAAAAAAUGCCAUGCUAUUGUUUGAGAGCUCCUAACAACAAAGCAGUUUUUUUUCACAGCGAUAGGUUUUGAUAAAUUCACCUCUGAAGGUGAAAUGUGUACUUACAAUUUGCAAUAUUGCUCUGAUGUAUCAUCCCAAGGGUCCCAGGGAUAACAUGAAGUGUAGUUUUGUUAGAUAAAAUCAUUUUAAAAACCUAAAAAGGUCCAUAUAGCAUGCACGAUCGAUUUUGUAUUUCCACUCGAUCAAUUUGCAAAGAUAGGAAUCUGUGAAAAUGUAACCCUCAACGUUGUUUCAACCAGUCAAAUUACGUUCGUAUUUAUUCCACAGAGAUCCUAAAACGUAACCAGACUUCACUAUAUCAUUAGGAGUGUAGUACAUCCUAUAGGACACCAAAUGUGGUCAGAGAGCGACGCCUUUAUGGCGAUGACACGGGCGGUCUUCACUUGAUUGACUGUAAUAAUAAGCACCAAUCGGGGUCAAACAAAGCUAGCUAGAUAGCCAAUGAGCUUGGCUUUACGGGAGUAUGGAUACGGGAAACCCCGUAUCUGUUGCACACGUUUGCUGCUCACCUUGUGCGACAGCAAGCCUUUUCCUUUUGGACCAAAACUGCAAGAAUAUGGAGAGUUAUGAAGUUAUGAAAACUGGGUGUUUUGCAAAUGUUGAACUUACAAUAUGGCUACUAAUACUGGAAAAGCUAAAUCAAAGUCCAAGUAUACAGAUUUGACGACAUUAUUGCAGAAAAAUAUAAUAUAAAUGUAAACGUGUCCUUCGCGAUUUGCUCAAAUGUACCUGGGUGACUCCACACUAAAUGUAACGUAGCUUGCUCAUACUUCUUAGUCUAAAACUUUGCACAUACACUGUGGACACCAUCUUGUGGACACCAUCGGAAUUACAACCAGAGUGAUGGCUAGAUUUGGGACCUUUCUGUUGCAUUUCAAAGAUGGUGGUAGAAUUAUAAUUAUUUUAAACUGUUGUUUUUUUCUUUAUUUUCUUCUACCAGAUCUAUUGUGUUAAAUUCUCCUACAUUCAAUUCACAUUUCCACAAACUUCAAAGUGUUUCCUUUCAAAUGGAACCAAGAAUAUGCAAAUCCUUGCUUCAGGGCCUGAGCUACAGGCAGUUAGAUUUGGGUAUGUCAUUUUAGGCGAAAAAAGGGGGCUAUCCAUUAAAACUGUUGUAAGACGCAGGUCAAACGAACGACUAAAGUGAACGAGUCACUCAGAAAAACGAAUCAUGAAUCCCGAAUCAGUAAAACGAGUCGUUCAAAAAUAACGAAUUGUUCGCGAACUGCACGUCGUGUGUGCGUGCGUGCGCAUGCGUGCAUGUAUGUUGUGAGGUAUAAGCGGCAUAUAAUUGUAUGUUACUCUGUAUGGAACAUGAAGAUAAAGAGAGGUGGGCUAGUCUGUAGUGUAGUAUAUUUAUUUUGUGAUAAAUGUGUUUACCAUCACCAUCUUGUUAUUGAAUAUAUUAUGAUAUUGUAAUAUCAUAGAAAUGUCUGUUUUUCCCCAAUUAUGCUCUUCCUUUGUAUUUCCUCAUCCCCCUUCACACUAGGGCUCCCGAGUGGCGCAGCGGUCUAAGGCACUGCAUCUCAGUGCUAGAGGCGUCACGGCAGACCUGGUUCGAUUACAGGGUGUAUCACAACCGGCCGUUAUUGGGAGUCCCAAAGGGCUGUGCACAAUUGGCCCAGCGUUGUCCGGGUUAGGGUUUGACUGGGGUAGGAUGUCAUUGUAAAUAAGUUUUUUUUCUUAACUAAAGGUUAAAAACUUUUUUUAUAAAAAAAUAGUAUAUAUUUCUUUAGAGUGGAUGUGGCGUUUGUUUGGUCAGUAUUGCAUAAUGUCUACCAUAUAGGCUAAGCAACUCUGCUCUUUAAAAAAAGAAAUGCCAUGUUGACCAGUUUAACAACGAAAAUAUCAGUCACAACAAUUAACUCUACAAUGGUAUUACCAUUUGAAUUACCAUUCUGUAUCUCUCGUGACAUGUAACUAUGAGCUCAUAUUAAAUGUUUGGGCCUACUAUAAUUACAUUGGGAUUUUUUAUUUAUGUGAAUGUUGUCUGUUAACAGAACAAUUUAUAAUCAUCGAUAUGGAUCCGGAGUAGUCAAUUAUUGGUAAAAAGCAAGACAUUUUCUCUCAAUGGCCUCAAAUUAUAUUCAACUGAACUGGCACCACAGAGAAAUGUACCCGACAUAUAUAUUGACCAUUUUCUCACAAACAAGUAUACUAAACAAAAAUAUAAAUGCAACAUGCAACAAUUUCAAUGAUUUUACUGACUUACAGUUCAUAUAAGAAAAUCUGUCAGUUAAUUGAAAUAAAUGAAUUAGGCCCCCGUCUAUGGAUUUCACAUGACUGGGCAGGGGCACAGCCAUGGGUGGGCCUGGGAGGGCAUAAGCACACUGACUGGGAAGCCAGACCCAGCCAAUCAGAAUGAGUUUUUCACAACAAAAGGGCUUUUUUAUUAGAGAGAAAUAUUUUCAUCAGCUCUCCGGCUGGUCUCAGACGAUCCCUCAGGUGAAGAAGCCGGAUGUGGAGAUCCUGGGCUGGCUUGGCUACACGUGGUCUGCGGUUGUGAGGCCGGUUGGAUGUACUGCCAAAAUCUCUUAAACAACGUUGAAAGCGGCUUUUGGUAGAGAAAUUAACAUUAAAUGAUCUGGCAACAGUUCUGGUGGACAUUCCUGCAGUCAGCAUGCCAAUUGCACGCUCCCUCAAAGCUUAACACAUCUGUGGCAUUGUGUUGUGUGGCAAAACUGCACAUUUUAGUCUGGCCUUUUAUUGCCCCCAGCACAAGGUGCACCUGUGUAAUGAUCAUGCUGUUUAAUCAGCUUCUUGAUAUGCCACACCUGUCAGGUGGAUGGAUUAUCUUGGCAAAGGAGAAAUGCAGGGAUGUAACAAAUUCGUGCACAAUAUUUUAGAGAAAUACGUUUUUUGUGUGUAUGGAACAUUUCUGGGAUCUUUUAUUUCAGCUCAUGAAACAUGGGGCCAACACUUUGCAUUGCAUUUAUGUUUUUGUUCAGUAUAGACUAAGCUUUGUAUAUAAUUUUGUAUAAUUCUUGAUGACCUUUUUCCAUUAUUAAACACUUUGGUGCAGA